CAGGGAAGCAGAGACUUCCUGUGAAGCCAUCACCAGUCUGAACGCUCAGAUGAAGCCUGACUAAGGCUCAGUGAACAAACAUGACAGUUUGUUCCUGUGAACAGAGCUGAUCUGUGGUCAGAGUGUCGCCGCCUCACAGGAAACACAGACAGAGUGCAUGAUGGGCCUGAAGACGCUGCUGCUCGUCUCUCUGCUCGGCGUUCUGGCGCUAAGGGUCGCGGCGGGCAGCCAUCAUGGCCUCACUCUACCUGGAGCUCCAUACAACGUUAGCGAGAACGACCCCGGCCUCCAGCAGGCCGUCCUCGACGGCACCUACUUCUUCAACAACCAAUCGAACGACGCCUUCCUGUUCAAGCCCUCCUCCAUCCACAGAGCUCAGCGGCAGGUACAACACAGGAAACGCAUCAUGUGUAAUCUGUGGGGUCAAAGGUGAACAGAGUGACCCGUC